UGGCUGGCUGGUGGGCUUCCCAGCUACGCCAUCCAGCUACGCCAUCCAGCAUCGCAAUCCGCGACGCCUACAUCUUCCGAUCGCAACCCACGGCUUCUCACCCUCCUUUCCAAUCAAUAUGGCCCAAACUCGAGGACAGCGAGCCGCCCAAACGAAGGGGCAAGCUUUAGCGCCAAAGGAAAGGGGAAACCAACCUUCCCACGCCAGAGUCCCCCGGCGAAGCGCGCGCCUCGAUGGCCGUCGAGUGCGGACCGCAGAGCACGCCGAAUCGUCCCACGCACCUCCCCCGGGUGUAGUGCUCCAUGAAAAGGAUCAACCGACUUCUCCUGCACCCAGAGGCCGGAAACGAUUGCGCACCGCUGCAGAUCCACUUGAACCCACUCACGAAGAACCUCCCGGGAAGCGUCGACGAUCGUCCAGACAUUCCGUCGAGGAGAUAAUCGACCAAGAGGCGGCACAAGAGGACGCCGAAGGUCCAUCAGAUCCCAUCGCCUUCUGGGCUCAAGAAGGCAAGUGGCCGCCGGGAUUCUUCAAGCAGGGCGACAUGGAGCACUUGCUUGCGAGGAAGAAGUCGACGUCGGCGCUGGGCAGGAAACGAUCGGAAGCCGGCUCGUCGUCGACAACGCCUCAUUCGACCCAAGCUAGCGAUCAGAGACCGAGAGAGGAGAAGAGCACGCCGUAUCGAGACCCACGCUACAAGACCCUUCUUGAGACCAAGGGUAGUUUCAUGGACAAGUCCGACCUGGGCAUCACGGAUGCAAGCAAAACGCUUUGCCGUACUCUACUGGAAAAGAAGCAGUCUGUCCCACAGGAUUCCUUGUUCCGCGAUGACAUCUUCGAAUCAACCUGCCAGAGGGUGGAAGACAGGAACGAGGCCAGAGUCAUCCGGGAUAUCACCCCGCUGAUCGUCCCCUCGGCGGAAAUUCUCGCCACCUACGGCGCCACGAAGUUCAACUGCUUAAUUGAGAGCCUCAAUGAAGGAUGGAAUAACUCGGUUCCCCUGACCGGAACCCGUCCGCAACCCGACUACUCGGUGGGAUUCAGGCGGCAGGCCUUUUCAGACGAUCAACUCAGCAAGCUUUUGCCAUUUAUUGGCAACUGGAUUUCCGGUGACCAGUCUUACUUCAUGGCCACGUACCUCAUGUACUUCCCCUUCCUCUCUUGCGAGGUAAAGUGUGGUGCUGCAGCACUCGAUACUGCAGACCGCCAGAACGCCCACACCAUGACGCUUGCCGCGCGGGCCAUCGUCGAGCUCUUCCGCCUUAUCAAGCGUGAGAGCGAACUCCAACGCCAGAUUCUCGCCUUCUCAAUCUCACACGACCACCAGUCGGUACGGAUCUACGGCGAAUAUCCAGUAAUAAAUGGGAAGGAUACCAAAUACUAUCGUCAUCUAAUCCGUAGAUUUGACUUUACGGAACUUGACGGCAAGGAGAAGUGGACGGCGUAUCGUUUCACAAAGAACGUCUACGACGAAUGGAUGCCGCAACACCUUGAGAGGAUCCGCUCGGCCAUCGAUCAGUUGCCGUCCAAUCUGGACUUUGAUGUUCCGUCGCUCCAAGAAACAGGUCUUUCCCAGGGGCUCGAGAGCCAUCAUCUGCGGGACGACGAUACGGCGUCAUUGUCGAAGGAAGGUGGUGGCCAGUUAAGCAUCGCUGAUCACCGGCCCACUCCGGACACGUCGUUCACGGAACAAGCAGCAGCAAAGAGGCCGAGGAAGAGGGCAGAUGGAACCAAAUAACACUUGUUCAAUACACCCAGUAUGAGACCAACAGACUCCACUCAUGUCGCCCUCAGACGUUGGCGGACGACACUGUGAUGCCGUCUUUCCGUUCGGCGAGGAAUUGGAACGUGGUCGUUGUGGUCUGCACGGGGUCUCUCACAGGGCCCCAGUUUUGGGCACAGACGGGCCCGUUUCAAGGCCUU